AUCAUUUUGUCCUCGUUUUCAUCGCGUUAGAGGAUACAUUGCAACACCUACUUACGGAUUUUGGUCUCCGUUUCUAUAACAAGCUUAUAGAAACGCGUAGCUAGCUAUAGCUAGCUAGUUAGCUAGCUAGUCCAAGUCUUAUCCAACUGAACUCCUGAAAGUUGGUUCCUUUUUUAUGUGUAAUCGCAGUCCCGCAUUUGCAUUUCAUAUAAAUGUCUUAGUUACCACAUAACAUGUGAUUAAAUGAGCGGUAUGAUUGCUUUGUUUUCUUUGGUGUUUUUGAUAAUUUGUUUCGCAAGUUAGCCUUCAUAUAACGAUAGCCAAACUGGUGGGUUUUAGCUGGCUGCCUUAGACUGGUCUCAAUGGUAGAAUUUGAAUAAUUCAGAAAACGGUCGGCUAGACGUCUUGGUUGGCUACCGACACCAUCAUCGGUUUGAAUGCAUGCAGUUUACUUGCUAACUAGAACUAGGGGAUACCAUUGCAGCUACUGAACACUGGAUAGCUACCUACCCCUGGUUUUAAUGGCGGUAUCGAAGUACAGGUGUUCAUUACAGCGCAAAAUUGACCGUUUGGGACCGUGUUGGAAAAUAAUUGUAAGCGCGUGAAUGUAUUCCUAAAUUGUUUCCGUUUGACCGCUUGUCCUCAGCUCUCUCCCUGGAUCAUAAUGUACCAUCGCCAUCCUCAGCGAUCAGUGAAUGUUACGACUCUUGCCGUUCCUCCUUGUACCUGUCCCGGGGUAAGCGUCCGGGAACGUCGCUACAAACGCAGCCCACCUCACUGUCGCGAGAGGCGAAGCAUCACAACCGCAGCGCUUAGAAUCUUGCGCGAGAGGACAGCGCUGCAGUUGGAGGUCAAAUAUACGAGUAAGAAGAGGACAAAGGCCCGUCGCAAGCCUCGGAGGUCCACUCACCUGCUGAUUCCCUUUAAGUGUGGGGCCCGGGUUUCGAGACAUUGGACUGUCAGCCACCAGCUUGCAUAUUCCAACCCCAGAGAGAACGGGGACUCCACUGGGCCUGUAUGCACACCAGAGUCAUACAGGUCUCUGCCUCAGAAAACUACUGUAAAAGCCACUGGACUGCCGACUGACAGCAAUACACUCUGUGACCCUCCAGCAGGGGGGGCAGCUGGUAAUCGGAAUAAGCUGAGAAAAAAAGGACCUUCCGCUCCCAGGCAGCACCCCGAACUGAGGAAGAGGUCGGGGCCUGGCGAGAACAAGUCGGCGGAGUUCUCUCUCCCGUUGAUGCGGUGUUCGCCCGGCGUCCAGCAGCGGUGCCGAGUCGGGAAGCCCCACAGCGGGAGUCUCGGGAAGGAGAGGAAGGCCAAGAGGUUUUCCCGGAUCUCCACCCUCAGGGGCCGGAGGCUGCGAGCGGGCGUGCUGGGAUACCUGUGCGGCCUGAGCGCGGAGACCAAAGAGCUGAUCAGGGAGGUCCAUGGGGAGCACCUGCUGAGACUGAAGCACAGGAGCCAAAAGGGGGAGGAGAGGAGGGAUGGGGUAGGGCUGGCCCGGGGAACCAUGGUGCACGACGGCUCUGGACCCCGAACGCCCGCGGCGGUGGUGGCGGCGGCGGGGGGACAUGGGCGCGCCUCCGGCCGCAAGCGGACGCCCAAGGCCUGCGACUGCUGCGGGCCCAACUGCAGGCCCCCCCCGCCCAAGGCCCCGGCCCCGGCCCACGGGACGCCGGGGAGGAGGGGCCGCAGGAAGAAGCUCCCGGAGGCAGAGCCACCGACGAUGCAGGACACGCCCCCGACGGCCGACGACUCCGCCCCCCUCAACGGCGCCAGCGACCCGCCGCACGGCGUGGACAUGGAAGUGUCGCCGCCGGCGACGGAGGGGGCGGCGUCGGGGGAAGUGCCCGUUUCGGAAGCGCCCGUUUUGGAAGCGCUCGAAUUGGAGGUGCCCGAAUUGGAGGUGCCCGUGCUGGAGUCCCCCGAAUUGGACGUGCCCGCGGUGGAGUCGCCCGAAUCGGAGGUUUCGGAGUCCUGCCGCAGCCAGCGCGCCAACCCACUCCUGGACCAUCGCUAUUGCAAGACCGAGGAUGGGGACUCUGCCACAGAGGAGGAGGCGGCUAAAAACCAACUACUGACCACAGAAGUCAACACCGAGGACCUAACAGAACUUAUUCAUGAAUUCCUGGAGCACUUCUAUGGGAAAUAUGGGAGUUUCAUCCCACUUAGUGAGACUGAUGUUCUUGAGCACCUUAACAAGAAGUUGAACUCUGACCUCACCGACAGGAAGACCUUCAUCUUCUCAGAAGUGACGAAGUACCGGGCCGGAUUAGCCUGUGCUCCUAUGCACUAUUUCAAAGUGGCCUACAACAAGCACACGCUGACCCUGGAGGACCUCUCCACCCUGGACGACCAAAACUGGGUCAAUGACCAGGUGAUAAAUAUGUAUGGUGAAUUAAUUGUGGAGGCUGCUAACCAGAAGGUUCAUUUCUUCAACAGCUUCUUCCACAGGCAGCUUGUAGCCAAAGGAUAUGAAGGAGUAAAGAGGUGGACCAAAAAGGUUGACCUUUUCACCAAAAGCCUGCUGCUCAUUCCCAUUCACCUGGAGAUCCACUGGUCUCUGAUCACCGUGGACGUCACCAACCAGAACAUCCACUUCUACGACUCCCAGGGCAUCAUGUUCAAGUACGCUGUGGAGAACAUCUUAAAGUACAUUCUGGCUGAAGCGAAAGAUAAGAAACACACAGCGUACCAGAAAGGCUGGAAGAUGAUUGUAAACAAGAGUAUUCCACAACAGAAGAACGACAGUGACUGUGGGGUGUUUGUUUUAGAGUACUGUAAGUGCCUGGCGCUGAAGCAGCCACUGCAGUUCACACAGGAGGACAUGCCCAAAGUACGGAAGAGGAUCUACAAGGAGCUCUGCGAGUGCAAACUCAAAGGCUGAGGCGGGCCUCCGUUAAGCCCCCCCCCCCCAACCAAGCCCCGCCCCCCGGACUCUAUUCCCCUUUUUACCAAACCGGAAGGAACAAGCUAGAACUCUCUGGACGGAAGGUGAAACGGGGUGACUGUGGACGCUUGCAGGACUUCCGUGCGUUGGGAGACGACCGGAACGGUGAUGGGACAAUGGCCAACUUCGCCCCCCCCCGCCCCAACCCCCACCUCCAUUCCUCUCUGCCCCGACGCACCUGGGUGCCCCGGCGCAGGUGUGUUUGUGUGUGUGUGUGCGCGUGUGUGUGUGUGUGAGUGUGUGUCAGGUACACACCAGUGGAAAAAACCGAAACGGAACAUUUGUCCCCACGGUGAAACUUGUGCAGUUACCUCACGUUCGGCUGCCGACUGGUUUCUACGGCGACCCGCGGGCAGUUCCGUUGUCGUCGCGCCAGUACGACCGCUUUUUUCGGACGACCGACUUCAGAUGGCAGCUGUGCACCGGCGACGCCGAGCUGCUCGCGUCGAUAGCUGAACACGACGCCCGCGUCGAUACUGAACACGACGCCCGCGUCGAUACUGAACACGGCGCCCGCGUCGAUAGCUGAACACGGCGCCCGCGUCGAUAGCUGAACACGGCGCCCGCGUCGAUAGCUGAACACGCACUGCUUCACAGCCGCUCAAACCACAUGUAGGCUUUAUCAUGUGUUCUGAAAAAAAAUAUAUAUACUUGAAAGUUCUAUGUUUUAUAAAAUAUUGAAGUUUGGCCUGUAGGGUAGAUAGAGAGCAAAGGAUGCUGGUAACGGUAAGCUUUUAAUUGAAUGUACUUGGCUUAGACUGAACUUAAUUUCAUCAAGAGAGGUAAAAGGUACAUCAUAGCAGGUAAAGGCUGUUUGGCUAUGGACCACUUGUUGUGACUGUUAACAGUGGGAUGCAAUCAAAAAUGUGUUCUUACGAAAUAUUUUUUUGUUACACCACUUAGAUGUGUACGUUUUAUUUAAAAUUUUUGAACAUGUAAUUUGCUAAAACUACUUUUUUUUGUUAAUUGGUAAUUUUUUUUUAAAAACUACUAUUUAAAGGUGGCCAUUUGCAUUUGUGAAACCACCUGUGUGUGGAGCCUACUGUAAUUUAGUGUUUAAAACACCAUAACACAUUACCGAUGUUUAGCUUUGGGUCCAGUCACACAAAGCAUUUUCCAAUGUGUGCGAAAGGAACUACACACAUGCUUUCACAUACUAACGACCAACAAAUGGGCUCUACUUGCUUUUAGGAUCUUUUUUUUUUGUUGUCAGGCCGAUUGUGUAAUAUAGCUUACCUGCUGUCAAAAUAAGUAUUUUCUUUGAUGUUCACAUGACUGUUGAGUAGACGCAUGGCUGCAGCCCAUGUACGGACUUAAUUUCCAUCUUGUUCCAACGCAAAAUGUAUUCGAAAGGUUACAUUUUUUUAUUUUUAUUUUUAUUUUUUAGAUGUGUUACUGUUUAGGAAAAGCUGGCAUUUGUUACAGUUGGUGGCCUUACUCUCGUUUUUAAAUUUGUAGAAGGUUUGAGACUGAACGGGGGUACGGGGCGGAGGGUAAGGGUAUCUGUUGACUCCCCGUUUUAAAGCUGGUUGUUUAAGGCGCAUUCCGCAGCCCGGUCUUCAGCCUGCGAGUGCGUUCGGUCGGCCGGGGUGAGGGAGUCACUCCGACAGUUGUAAAAGUUACUUGAAAUGUAACAAUAAAAAAACCUCACCUAUGAAAAGUCCUCCUGCCAGCCUGCUUUGGGUGUCAGAAAUGCUGAUAUAUUUCAGCAACCCGGGAGUCCCUUUCAACAAGAAUAAAAAAAGUAACACAACUCCUGAGAUUUAAAAAUGGAAUAUUUUAUUCAUACUGAUGCUUUAAUACAUCUACCACAAAUUUAUAUUUGGAGUUGAGGUUAUAUUGAGGUUCAGAGAGAAAACAUGCAGGGCGAACACACCAGACUAUCUGACUGAAAUCCCAUCAAAACGCAAGUUGGAAAAAUAACUUUGAAUCUGAAUUAUGAAAUAAAAUUCAUAAGGAAUAAGCAUUUAAACCGA